UUUAGCACUAAGUUUCAGCGAUAUGCACCAGUGGUAGUCAGUAGCUAUGAACGGCACGACGCAAAACUGUUCCAGAGUGGAGGAAAUAACCGUCUACACAUUUGUGAUCCACGUAUGCCUAAUAGGAAGCCUGUGUACCCUGGGACUUAUUGGGAACACCCUGUCCUUGAUCGUUUUCUUUAGGUACAAAGCCAGGUCGGUCACUUUUUAUUUACUGAGGCCGGUGGCCAUUGCGGACAAUGUUUUGUUGUUAAUGACGAUCGCCAUGAUGGUUUUGCCUGCUGUAUACCCGGCCCUGGGGGUCAUGGAAUUGCCGAACAGGGAGGAGGCACGCAUUACGACCUGGGCAUGGCCCCUGGGGAUGACCGCUCAGACUGUGUCCAUUUGGUCACUCAUCCUGGUAGCGCUUGACAGGUACAUGUCGGUGUGUAAACCCUUCAAAGCGGAGUCUUUUCGAAAUUUAAAGGGGGCGAGGAUUGGGAUCAGUGUUGUUAUUAUCUUCUCGGUGCUUUACAAUGCACCGCGGUUACUGGAGAUGCGUCCCGAAGAAAUGAUUGAUGCUUGCACCAAUACUACGAGGUAUUAUCUCGAAAACGUACUUUUAGCUUUUCCAGCUUAUCGUAUCGGAUACUUCAUAGUUUCUUACACCGUUAUCAACAUUAUUAUCCCCCUGUUUGUAUUGUCCUAUAUGAAUGUCCAUCUUAUUCGGGAACUACGCAAAAGUCGAAAAGCUCGAUGUCGCCUUAGAUUUAUGUCUCCAAGUCUACAAAAGGAGGACGAUUUGAUGACCAAGCUGUCCAUUCUAAUCGUGAUCGUUUUUAUUGCGUGUCAGGCACCUUCGUUGUUGACACAGAUACUGAAUGUAUCUGAAGAUUAUCUAGAUGACCAAACACUGCUUUUUCGACAGUACUAUGUGCCCUUCUCAAACGCUCUGGUUGUACUGAACUCUUCGUUGAACUUUGUUAUAUAUUGUGUUUUUUGCAGCGGAUUUCGUCGGGCUCUCAUAGGUAUGUUUCUUCAUAAAUCUCUUGAGCAGUCAAACUGCGACUCCAACAAAUAUUCUUCAGUUGUCGAAGAAACUAACGUAUAGAUUUUACAAACAUUUGAAAUGACAUUUCAGU